CCCCGUAGCCCUUAUAUAUAUAUGUAUAAAUUGUGCCUAUAUUAAUGGCAAAUAGAUCAAGACAUGUAGAAUCUGUUGAUGAUGAGAAAGCAUUACAGAUUCAAGCUUUGCAAUCGGCAAUUUGGUAUACAACAGGACAUAUUACUGAUUCAGAGUCCCUUGAAUUAGGUGUUAUUCCUUCAUCACAUUUUAUAGCAUCUUUAUCUACACUUGUAUAUUCUCAGAUUAAUACAUUGGGUGAAGAUAUUGAGUCAUUUGCUAAGCAUCGUGGAGGAAAAGUAAUAAAUGUAGAUGAUGUUCUUCUUUGUACAAGGAGAAAUGAAGGUCUUCAUGAAUUAAUGGUAGAAUAUGCUAAACAAACGACGUCUACUUCAGAGCCCAAACCUAAAGGGAAACAAAAAGAAAAUAUAAGGGAAGCUGUAAAACAGAAUGCUAAACCUCCUGCUUCACGUAUAUAAAUUAUAUGAUUUAUUAGAAAAAAAAAACUUAAAUAUAUUUUAAAAU